AACCUCUUCCUCGAGUGAGGCACGAUUCUGAACUCGGUGAUAAUGAUAUUGAUAACGUCUCUCAUUUCUUAAAUUAAUUUUCCAUCGGUUUGAAGAAAAUUUCCUCGCCGUUCCUCUUCUGAUUCGAAUUAAUAUUAUUAUUUUCCAAUAUGAAUGGUGUCGAUAAGCCUGAUAUUUCGCCGGAAGCCAAAGAACAGGCUGAGAAAUUCAAAGCUGAAGCGAACGAGCUGUAUAAGAAGCAAGACUUCAAUGGUGCUAUUGAGCUCUAUACCAAAGCAAUAGAAACAAAUCCUUGCUCAGCCAUCUACUAUGCCAAUCGAAGCAUUGCUAACCUCAAGUUAGAAAACUUUGGAUAUGCCUUAAAUGAUGCGUCGAAAGCAAUUGAAGUAGACCGCAAUUACAUCAAGGGUUACUACCGGAGAGCAGCUGCAUACAUGUCUCUGGGAAAAUAUAAACAAGCAUUGUCUGAUUUAGCAACUGUUACUAAGUUUCGUCCAAAUGAUAGUGAUGCUAAAAUGAAAUAUAAUGAAUGUAAUAAAAUAGUCAAGAAAUUAAUGUUUGAGAAAGCAAUAGCUGUAAAUGAUACAAGAAGCAUUGCUGAUUCCAUCAAUUUCGAAUCGAUGACUAUCGAAGACGACUACUCUGGGCCUGCUCUCGAUAAUGGGAAAGUGACAAAAACUUUCAUGGAGGAGUUGCUGAGGACAUAUAAAGACCAAAAGAAGCUUCACAAAAAAUAUGCUUAUUCAAUCUUGCUGCAAGUAAAGAGCUUAUUUGAGAAACAACCCACCCUAGUAGAUAUAAACAUUCCAGAUAAUGAAAAAAUUACUGUCUGUGGUGAUAUUCAUGGUCAAUUUUAUGAUUUACUCAACAUUUUUGAAAUUAAUGGUCAGCCUUCCGAAACAAAUCCGUAUCUAUUCAAUGGUGAUUUUGUUGAUCGUGGUAGUUUUUCAAUUGAAUGUAUAUUCACCCUCUUUGGUUUCAAAUUAUUGUAUCCGGACAAAUUUUUCAUGGCUAGAGGAAACCAUGAGUCAGACAAUAUGAAUCAAAUUUAUGGCUUCUUUGGAGAGUGCCGAGCAAAAUAUUCAUCAGAAAUGUGCGACCUGUUCACUGAGGUUUACAAUAUGUUACCCUUAGCUCAUUGUAUCAAUAAAAGGAUUCUAAUCAUGCACGGUGGACUCUUUUCAAAGGAUGGAGUAACUCUGGAUGAUAUCAGGAACAUUGAUAGAAAUCGGCAACCUCCUGAAGAAGGUCUAAUGUGUGAGCUUUUGUGGUCUGAUCCUCAAGAUGGUAUGGGUCGAAUCCCAAGUAAACGUGGAGUCGGAAUUCAAUUCGGGCCUGACGUGACGAAAGCUUUUUGCGAUCACAAUAAUCUCGACUUCAUCAUACGGUCGCAUGAAGUCAAACAAGAAGGAUACGAAGUUCAGCAUGAUGGUCGAUGUAUCACGGUCUUCUCCGCUCCCAAUUAUUGUGAUUCGGCCAACAACAAAGGUGCAUUUAUCAAAUUGAAAGCCCCUGCUCUCAAGCCCGAGUAUGUUGUCUACAAUUGUGUGCCUCACCCCCCUGUGUCAGCGUUAAUGUAUGCUCAUAAUUCAUUUUUGUCUUUCUUCAAUUAAAACGUUUCUGGGGUUGUCGCACGUUUUUUUCCAUAAAACGUGUUCUUCCAAGGAGCAGAAACCAAGUGUGCUUUCUAGGAACGCAUCAAAGAUGUUUCUUUCUUUUUUAUUCAGUGCUUUGAUCCUCUCACAAAUCUUGAAGAUACUCAUGACUGCACAUACAAGCCCUACGCGCAUUUGUUGAGUUCGUCUGUUUCCUUUUCAGCUGCUUAGAUUAAAAGACUAAGACUUCUAUUUUGGUGAAUUUGUAUAUACUUUUUAAAAUUUGCCUUUAAUCAAGAAACUCUUUUUAUUUUACUUUCUCAGUUUCCAUAAAAUUUUCUCAGAUUGCUUUUUUGUCCUCUCGUUGGUCUCUCAGUUUGAAAUUAUUCUUUAUUGUUUAAUCAUAGUCAGCUUCAAUUUGAAUCCCAAAUUCUCCCAAGAUCUGUUAAAUAUCAAAACAUUUUGUUUAAUUGUGAGUAGAGAGCUUAAAUUUGUACAGUCUGUUUCAUUAGAAACGAAAUUUCUAGGAAGUGAGAUAGUAGAUAGUGUUAGAUUAAUGAUUAAUUUUACUCGUGGUAUACGUACCUGUGUGAAUGGUGAAAAAAAGAAAUUUAUACCUUAUCAACCGCUAUUUCAUGAAUAAAAUAUUCAAUUUUUA